CUAUGUCGAUUUGAGAACGCAAGACCGAGACAGCGAGACCAAAGUCAGUCGAGACCAAGACGAGACCAAGACCACGUAAAAGUGGUCUCGAGACCAAGACCGGUCUCGAGACAUCCAACUCUACCUAAGCCCCUCAAGUUACUGAGGUUUUUCAUUUCCAUACAUGCAAUGAUAUCAGCUAAGCCAUCAGCCAAUACGACGGGCACUAAUAUGAUCUGAUCUGAACUUGCCUGUGCCUUGGCUCAUGUAACACCAUGGCAUUUGUUUUUUUUCAGUAAGCAACCCAGAGCCCACCAUCUCCUUGUACAGUAAUGAGGUCACCUGGGGUCAGGACGUCAGCAUCACUUGCUCAGUCUCAGAAAAGUUCUCAGGUGGAACUUUUAUCCUCCAGAAGACUUCAGGCUCAUUCAGUCAGAGUCAAACAUCCUCUACGAGCUCUGUUACAUUCAAUCUUCACAAUGUGAACUUUGAUCAUGAUGGACUGUACCAGUGUCAGUACAUGAAAACAAGUCAAAGGUUCAGCUCUUCCUCUGUCAGACUCACUGUGAGUUUUCCAAAACCUCGUAUUUCCAUUUGCCCUGUUGGUGAGGUGACCUGGGGUCAGACUGUUGAAAUCACAUGUUCAGUCUCAACUCAGGUUUUAGGUGGAUCGUUCACUCUGAGUCAAAUUCAGGGUUCAUUCACGAGGAGCCAAACCUCCAACACAAACUCUGCUACCUUCAGUAUUCCUAACGUGGACUUUGAUAACGAGGGAUUGUACCAGUGUCAGUAUAAGAAAAGAGGCUCAAGUCGUGAAUUCAGCUCCCCAUUAAGUGAUUCGGUCAGACUCUCUGUUACUGAACGUAAUCAGUGCCGGGGGAGGUUAUGGUCAACGCGAAACCCAAACAAACAAAAAACGCUUCAAGCGGAAGCCAGAAAGAAUCCUGACCGUCUGACGACGAAAGAAAAGUGGAUGUCACUGAGCAACAACAACAAGACGGGAAACAUCUUUUUCUCCCCGUUCAGCAUCUCUUCAGCCCUGGCUAUGGUGAUGCUGGGGGCCAGAGGCAACACAGCCACACAGAUGUCAAAGUGCUUGCAAACCAAGGAUUGUUGGGGUGAUGUUCACAGCAGCUUUGCCAAACUUCUCACUGAACUCAACAGGACAGAUUCUCCAUUUACCUUCACUGUUGCUAACAGACUGUACAGAGAGAAGUCCUGCCCCUUUACUCAGGAAUUCUUAAUACAAAGCAAGAAACAUUACAGAGCAGAGCUGGAGUCUGUGGACUUCAAGACCAGGUCUGAAGAGGUCAGGAUUGAUAUCAACAACUGGGUGCAGCAACACACACCAGCAGGUAACAUCACAGAGGUGGUGGAUGAAGAUGAUUUGAAUGAACUGACCAGGCUGGUGUUGUUCACUGCCACCCACUUCAGAGGCAGCUGGAAGAAAGAUUUCUUGUACUCUAAAACUUAUGAUGCUCAAUUUUGGCUCAACAAGAAUGACUCAAAGCCUGUGAAGAUGAUGAAACAGGAAGAGAACUUCAUGUGUACCUUCAUCGAAGAAGCAAACUGCAAAAUUCUAGAGAUGCCUUACAGUGGGGAGGAAGUGAGCAUGCUCAUCUUUUUACCUGCAGAGAUCGAGGAUGAUACAACAGGACUGGAGAAGCUGGAGAAGGAGCUGACCUAUAAAAAGUUUGUGGCUUGGACUCAUCCAGGCAAGAUGCAAACAUGUUACAUUGAUGUGAGGCUGCCUCGAUUUACACUGGAGGAGACGUAUGACCUGAACACAGUCCUGAGCAGCAUGAGCAUGGUGGACGUCUUUGAUCACACAAAGUGUGACUUCUCUGGCAUGUCUGGGCACAAAGAUCUGGUACUUUCAAAAGUCAUCCACAAGGCUUUUGUGAAGGUCCACGAGAAGGCAACUGAGGCUACUUUUGUGGAUAUGUGUUGGGGUGAGUUCCAUUCGGGCAAGAAAAGCUGGAGCAAUUUUGAUUUAAAAUCCUUCAUCGCAGACCACCCCUUCCUCUUCUUCAUCAGACAUAACCCCACUAUGAACAUCCUGUUUGCUGGUCGGUUCUGCUGCCCUGUGUGAGCUCUGUGUCCUUUAGAGCAGCUCAGUACCAGAAGUCUUUAGUGUUUAGUUGGAGAACCUUUCAAAAUCACUGCACAACAGCGCUGUA